UCUCUUUAUAAACCCGCAGUUCCCGGAUGUGAAUGGAUUACAAUGUAUCUUUCAGGGAAACCUAUUAUUAUCAAUGUGACUCCACCGAGGAGUCAAUGGUGAUGAGGAUGAGGAUGAGGAUGAUGAGACAUCUCUAAACUUGGAACAAGUUUAAGACUUUAUAAGCGGAGAAGAAAAAAAACAUCACCAAGAUUUGUUUGAGGAAAAAUUAUAACUCUUGUGUUGAUUUUUUUUCAUAAACAAUAAGAAAAAGUUGUUGGAUUUUUUUUUUUUUAAUGAUUCCUUUUUGGGGGGAGGGAACUUUGUUGCAGCUUUAUGGUGGAAAAUGCAAAAACCAGAGCCAGGUGCAUAAUCUUGUAAUCUGUGGAUAUCCCUGGAGCAGAACUGAGUACCAGUUAAAAUACUUUUUUGGGGGAUACACAUGUGAGAUACUAAGUACUUGCAGAAGAUUUUUGACUCUCUUUUUAAAGUCUCUUUCCUUGGAAUAUUGUGAGAAUAUUUGUGGCCAUUUAAGAUGUUUUCACCUCCUGUGAGCAGUGGGAAAAAUGGACCAACUUCUUUGGCGAGUGGACAUUUUACUGGCUCAAAUGUAGAAGACAGAAGUAGCUCAGGGUCCUGGGGGAAUGGAGGACAUCCAAGCCCAUCCAGGAACUAUGGAGAUGGGACUCCCUAUGAGCAUAUGACCAGCAGGGAUCUUGGGUCACAUGACAAUCUCUCUCCACCUUUUGUCAAUUCCAGAAUACAAAGUAAAACAGAAAGGGGCUCCUACUCAUCUUAUGGGAGAGAAUCAAACUUACAGGGCUGCCACCAGCAGAGUCUCCUUGGAGGUGACAUGGAUAUGGGCAACCCAGGAACCCUUUCACCCACCAAACCUGGUUCCCAGUACUAUCAGUACCCUAACAGUAACCCCCGAAGGAGACCUCUUCACAGUAGUACCAUGGAGGUACAGACAAAGAAAGUUCGAAAAGUUCCUCCAGGUUUGCCAUCUUCAGUCUAUGCUCCGUCAGCCAGCACUGCCGACUACAAUAGGGACUCGCCAGGCUACCCUUCCUCAAAACCAGCAACCAGCACUUUCCCCAGCUCCUUCUUCAUGCAAGAUGGCCAUCACAGCAGUGACCCUUGGAGUUCCUCCAGCGGGAUGAAUCAGCCUGGCUACGGAGGCAUGUUGGGCAAUUCUUCUCAUAUUCCACAGUCUAGCAGCUACUGCAGCCUGCACCCACAUGAGCGUUUGAGCUAUCCAUCACACUCCUCAGCAGACAUCAAUUCCAGUCUUCCUCCGAUGUCCACUUUCCACCGUAGUGGUACAAACCAUUACAGCACCUCUUCCUGCACACCUCCUGCCAACGGGACAGACAGUAUGAUGGCAAACAGAGGCAGCGGGGCAGCAGGCAGCUCCCAGACUGGAGAUGCUCUGGGGAAAGCACUUGCUUCGAUCUAUUCUCCAGAUCACACUAACAACAGCUUUUCAUCAAACCCUUCAACUCCCGUCGGCUCUCCUCCCUCCCUCUCAGCAGGCACAGCGGUUUGGUCUAGAAAUGGAGGACAGGCCUCAUCGUCUCCUAAUUAUGAAGGACCCCUCCACUCUCUGCAAAGCCGAAUUGAAGAUCGUUUAGAAAGACUGGAUGAUGCUAUCCAUGUGCUCCGGAAUCAUGCAGUGGGCCCCUCCACAGCUAUGCCAGGUGGUCAUGGGGACAUGCACGGAAUCAUCGGACCUUCUCAUAACGGAGCCAUGGGGGGUCUGGGCUCAGGGUAUGGAACCGGCCUUCUUUCAGCCAACAGACAUUCACUCAUGGUCGGGGCCCAUCGUGAAGAUGGCGUGGCUCUGAGAGGCAGCCAUUCUCUUCUGCCAAACCAGGUUCCCGUCCCACAGCUUCCUGUCCAGUCUGCAACCUCCCCGGACCUGAACCCACCCCAGGACCCCUACAGAGGCAUGCCACCAGGACUACAGGGGCAGAGCGUCUCCUCUGGCAGCUCUGAGAUCAAAUCCGACGAUGAGGGAGAUGAGAAUCUGCAAGACACGAAAUCUUCCGAGGACAAGAAAUUAGAUGACGACAAGAAGGAUAUCAAAUCAAUUACUAGGUCAAGAUCUAGCAAUAACGACGACGAGGACCUGACGCCAGAGCAGAAGGCCGAGCGUGAGAAGGAGCGGAGGAUGGCCAACAAUGCCCGGGAGCGCCUGCGGGUCCGCGACAUCAACGAGGCUUUCAAGGAGCUCGGCCGCAUGGUGCAGCUCCACCUCAAGAGCGACAAGCCCCAGACGAAGCUUCUGAUCCUGCACCAGGCUGUGGCUGUCAUCCUCAGCCUGGAGCAGCAAGUCCGAGAAAGGAAUCUGAACCCGAAAGCCGCUUGUCUAAAAAGAAGGGAGGAAGAGAAGGUGUCUUCGGAGCCUCCCCCACUCUCCCUGGCCGGCCCGCACCCUGGAAUGGGAGAUGCAUCGAAUCACAUGGGACAGAUGUAAAAGGGUCCAAGUUGCCACAUUGCUUCAUUAAAACAAGAGACCACUUCCUUAACAGCUGUAUUAUCUUAAACCCACAUAAACACUUCUCCUUAACCCCUUUUUUUGUAAUAUAAGACAAGUCUGAGUAGUUACGAAUCACAGACGCAAGAGGUUUCAGCAUUCCCAAUUAUCAAAAAACAGAAAAACAAACAAAAAAAAAAAAAGAAGGAAAAAAGUGCAACUUGAGGGACAACUUUCUUUAACAUAUCAUUCAGAAUGUGCGAAGCAGUAUGUACAGGCUGAGACGCAGCCCGGAGACUGAACGGCAAUCUUUCCACACUGUGGAAUAAUGCAUUUGUGCCUAAACUUCUUUUGGAAAAAAAAAAAAUAUAAUUAAUUUGUAAGUCUGAAAAAAAAAUAUUUAAUUUAAAAAAAUUGUAAACUUGCAAUAAUGAAAAAGUGUACUUCUGAAGAAAACUACAUGAACGUUUUUGUUGGUGUUCAAGUCAGCUAGUGUUUAUAAUUCCUGGAUACUGAAUGGGGAAGCUCGGCUGCCCUAGUAACAAAACCAGCAAACGUCCUGAUGACAACGAAGUGAUGACAUUAGCCAUUCCUUAGGGUAGGAGGAACAGAUGGAUCUUAUAGACCUAUGACAAAUAUAUAUAUAAAUAUAUAUAUAUAAAUAUAUAUUAAAAAUUUAGUGACUAUGGUAAGCUUUUGUUCAUUUGUUUCAGACUUUUUUCUCCUGUAAAAAAAUAGUACUGAUUAACUUUUUUAAAAGAAAGAUUUUACUGUAAAUAUGGAUUUUUUUCUUUCUUUCUUUUUUUUUUUUUUUUUUGUUUUUUUGGGGGGGUUUUUGGUCUUAUUUCUGUCCCUUUCCCCGGUUUGUUAUCGUAACCUGUAGUGCCAACUCUGCUUCCGGAGGGGUAGUGCAGGAUGAAACGCUGAUGUUGCUUCUCAUUCAUAAAUAAGUAGAAAGUGGUUUCUCCAGUCUUUUGGGAACACAGGACUUAAAAGUCACAUCAUGUGUAGAUAUUACAAGCAGCAUUACCAAGACGUGGCAAAAAGAGUUUGUCUGAAUUGUAAUGUUGCAUUUGUGACCCUAUUCUGGGAUUUUUCAGAGGUACAAGGUUAGAAUGCUACAAUGUUACCACUGUGCCUUCCAAUGUUUAUAUCAUCGGAAACAUAACAUAAUCAAAGUGGCUGUGAUUUAACAAAACGAUUAAAGUGUUACCUACCUGUGUAGCCGAACUAGUGUGCAGUGAGGCGUUUCUGAAUACAUGGUCAGAUUUUUGGAAAAAAACAAAAAUAAAAAAAAAAAAAAAGCAAGUAAAGUUCAAAAACCGUCAAAUGAGAAAAUUGCAAGUAGUGUGACAGACAUGAUUGAUUUUAUUGCUUUUCUUGAUUUUGUUUUUCAAAAUGGGUUUACUAAAAUGUAGAUGACUUAACUGCCUCCUCCUUCAUCUGAAAAGAAAUGCCAAUAUUCAAUCAUCAUGCAGCAUUAUAACAAGCCUUAUAAGUCCUAAAGCAUUAAGUUGCACUUUUUUGAGGAGGGGUAGUGCAGUAUUUCUCUGGCCAGUAUGAAUGAAGUUUAUACUUAACAUAUUUGAUAGAAACUUAGAUCAAGCUACGGCACAGCAACUCAUCAGAUAGCUAGCUUUGACGUCUGGGCACAAUUGAACCAACUUCCAUCGUGAAUCUUUAUAAUGAUUGACUUUGGUGUAUAGUGCAGUACAAAUAGUGCUCCUAGUUAAGUAUUUGUCAGCAUCCUUUUGUCUCUAACUCGUUUCUAUUUUUACAGCCACACAAUCUUGGCAUGUAUUAAGAAAAAAAAAUCCCUGUUCCAGUAGUUUUUUCCACCUAUCAGCACUGAGUAAAUGCCAUAAAUCCAUUGAAAUGGUCUAAAUGUUCCAUCUGUUCUCCUGUUUUGCCAGUUAUAUAGUAAAUGAAAUACAUUUGUAAAUUUUAUGCAACAAAUGGCAAACGUAUCAUUAUUUUGAAAUUGUGUAUGUAAAAGUUAUAUUUUUACAUGUAGACUCUUGUUAUUAUGUGUUUUAAUACAUUGUAUCAGUUUUUUGUUUUUUUUUUUUAAACUGUGUGGUUUAAAAAAAGAAGUCUCAUUUAAUUGAAAUAGUGAGCUACAAGAAUCUGAAUUUUAUGUUCAUUUCUGAAAAUGUAAGAACAAAUAAGAUAGUUACCACGUGGUCAUCUUUUACAAACCCAUAAACAUUUUGAUUAGCUGUGUGUGUUGAAAACUGUAAAUAUGUUCAGUAGCGAUAAAACUAAAAUACUUUGAUUUGUUGAUAAGUUCCUAAAAUGUGGAGGUGGAUUAAAAAAAAAAACCUUAGGAAAUAGCAGAAAUCAAACUUCAUGAAAAGUUAUUUGGGGGCUUUCUUGUGAAAUGUAUGAACAAAGGAGCUUGAAGAAGGAUGUGGAAGACAAUUGCGUGUACUCCCCUCCUCCCUGAAUAAUGAAAACAUGUGUACUGUUCCCUCUGUGUGUUAAAGAUUUCCUUUCAGUGGUACAUUCUGCACUCAUUUUGUAUAGUCUACCAAGGCGGGUAUCCCUAGGAACAAGAUUAUAUAGGAAGCAGAUAUACUCUGAUCACAUUCAGGAUAAAUGUACAAAAGAAAAUAUGGUGUUUACUUUUUAGGGAACUGGAAACACUCCCUGCAUUGAUGUACAUUUUAAGAAUGGCACUUUUGAUACAUGUUAUCAUAUAGGUGCUUACUAGAGCUGAAUUAAAGUUUUCAAAUCUGUAAACAAAGCAAAAAAAUUAAAUUGUAGUCAUUUGAUUAUUUUUUAAAUCGGUGCUUUAUAGUUCGUUCUCCAAACAGAGUAAAAGCUGCAAUCUAUCAUUCACCAGCUUUUGACGUAUUCAUUACUCUGUAAUGUAAUACCUCUAUUGUUGAAUUCCCUUUGGAAAUAAGAGAAAAACUUUUCUAACAGCCACCAAAAGCUGCUCGCUACAUUUUGCUUGGUGGAGAAACACGAUCUACGCCUAUCCAUAUUAAUUGGGUUGUAUCCCCAUUAAAAAAGAAAAAAAAAAGGGAAUGUGGCCUUUUUAGUGUGUUUUUUCUUGGUGUUGUUUUGUAAUUAUCAAACCCAGGUAAGAUGUUGGUAUCCUGCACUGGAUUUUUGAAUGACGUUUAGCAGAAGACAGGAUUAAAGUACUAAGCAAAAAUUUCAUAAGGGUCCAUUCUACACUGUGUAUGAUGAUACGUGUACUUAGGCUGGGAUCUCUCUAAGAAACUUAGACUUGAAAAACAACUUGGAACAGUUGAUCCACCUCCACAUUCAAGUAAUUUAUGAAUAUGCAGAAUAGGGAUCUGUUCAUCUAGAAAGUUUUACCAUUUGUCUUCUGUGUAACUGCAAGGGACACUAAUGUCUAUACAACCAUCAGUCCACCCAGUGGUGCAACUGGUUCUGAUUCAGUCUUCCAAUUCCUUUUUGUUUUUCACCUUUUCCUGUUUCUUGAUUUUUUUUUUUUUUAUUUGUGGUCUUUGUUUCUAUGAGGGGUUGGGGAGUGGGGAGGGAGUCGAACCAAGACUUGGGGUUCAGAGGAUUUUCAUCUUUGCAUCCAACAGGCAAAAAGUGUCCAAAAGUGAACUUGAGUCAGGAAUGAAACAAUUUCAGCAUAAACAAGCACAAAAAUUUAGUCUGCUGGCUGACUGGAAGCAAAAAAGUCAAGAUGGAAUAUGAUGAAUUCCAACCCAAUGGGGCACCAAGGCCUUUAGGCCGCUCUCUUUAUUCUGCUUUGGUUUUGUUUGUUUUUCAUUAGAGAUAUGCUCUUUCUCAUGGGGCUUGAAGUGGACUCAUCUUUGUGCAGUGCUGGUUUUGCCAUACUCAUUUCAAGUAUUAUAGACAUAUGUAAUGGUGAAAAUAUAUGAACUGUGGCCUUUUUCAUUCUUGUUACUUGUGAUGCAAUUAAGUGAAGAUAAGAAAAAAAAAAGCAGAGAUUUACCAUGUAUCAGUGCCUGGCUUUUUGUUAUAAAGCUUUGUUUGUCUAGUGCUCUUUUUGCUAUAAAAUAGACUGUAGUACACCCUAGUAGGAAAAAAACUAAAUUUAAAAAUAAAAAAUAUAUUUGGCUUAUUUUUCGCAGGAGCAAUCCUUUUAUACCAUGAAUAUUACAAAAAAAAAUUGUCAGAUUCUGAAUAUUUCUUCUUUGUAGAUUUUUGGAAUCAUUAUGAGUAAAAGUUUGUUACUUUAUUUUACUAUUUAAAAGAUGUUAUUUUACCAUGUGUUACCAAGAUGAAACUGUAAGGUAGCUCUUCUGUUGUUUUUUGUUUUCGGUUUUGGUUUUUUUUUGUUUGUUUGUUUUUAUUUUUAUUUUUUAGUUGUAGGUCGCAGCGGGGAAAUUUUUUGCGACUGUACACAUAGCUGCAGCAUAAAAAAAACUUAAAAAAAUUGUUAAAAAAAGAAAAAAAAGGAAAAUAUUUCAAAAAAAAGAUAAACAGUUACACCUUGUUUUCAAUGUGUGGCUGAGUGCCUCGAUUUUUUCAUGUUUUUGGUGUAUUUCUGAUUUGUAGAAGUGUCCAAACAGGUUGUGUGCUGGGGUUCCUUCAAGACAAAAAACCCAGCUUGGUCUAGGCCAUUACCUGUUUCUCAUCUGUAGUUAUUCGAUGAAGUCAUGUACAUGACCGUUCUGUAGCAAUAAAUGUGCCAUUUUUAUAAACUG